AUGGCUGAUGUCCAGACCAAAGCUGCGGCCUUCAUUGCUGUGACUGUGCAGCGAGCAUGCCACAACUCCUUCAUCGAGUGGGCCAAAGGCGAUUCGCCGCAUGCGAAGUACACCGUGUCCAGUGUGAUCUUCGUCGCGCAAAUCAUCUGUGUUGCCAUUGGCUGGAUGCUGGCUCACAGCACUGGCGGGACCCAGGACUUGAAGAAAUGUUUCGACGUGAAAAACCUGACCAAUUUCUUCCACAUCGGUUUGAUCUAUGCCUUGGGAGACAUCUUUGAGAUGGAGUCCGUGAACUACAUCGAUUCCUCCACGUAUACGGUGCUUUCCCAGUCCAAGCUCAUCAUCACUGCGACGCUGAUGUGGGUGCUGGAUGGUUCUGCUCAGAGCAUGAUGCAGUGGUUCAUCCUUUUCACGACUUCCUCUGGCAUGUUGGAGUACGUUUUGGUGGGCAAGGCGAAGGGCGGAGCCAUGACCUUCAGCGUCUUCGGCGUUUGCCUGGCCUUGGUCAAGGUGAUGAUUAGCUGCUACGUGGCUGUGCUGAACACGAAAGCGCUCAAACGGGACAGCAACCCGUUCCCCGUUCAGUUCUCAUGCCUGAAAGUCUCCUGGGCGAUGGCCAGUUUGGUCUACAUGGUCGUGAAGGACGGCAUCUUGGGCGAUGGCAUGUUUGGUGAGUGGACGCACCGAACCGUGGUGCUCGUCUUCUGCGGCUUCAUCCUCAAGACGCUCUUCAAUCAGUAUCUGCUCAAGGUUUUGGAUGCGAUCUGGAAGAACAUCAGCGAGGCGAUCGGCGUGAUCCUUGUGUACUUCGGGCGCGUGAUGUUCUUGGGAGGAAAGUACGAUCCCACCGUCUUCAAUGCCGGUGUUACCGUCGUGCUUGCUUGCAUCGCCUAUGUCCUUUCCAAGGAGGGUAAGGCCAAGAAGAACGAAGUGGGCGAUGAGCUGAAUCCGAACAUGUACCCGGACCUCACGACGUCCCUGCUUCGCCACCGGCGUCCGUGA